AGACCGCAGCAUGGACACAACUUAUUAGCAGUUCUCUUUUCCAGUGUCUGAAGCCUGCUGCCCGGACUCUUGUGCCAUGUGGAAAUAUUACAAAAACGGAGUUGUACCGAAAAGAAACAAGCAAAAAUCGGUAAGAUUGUAUUUUCAAUGUAAUAUAUUUUAUCCUUUUAAAAAAAACAUUUUAGGCCACCAGAGUGUUCCAUUAUCCAGAGUGAGUGUGGAAACAGAGCUGGAAAUCACGGCGCACCUUAAAUACCAUUUGCAUCAGCGUCAUUUGAAGGGAACCACUCAGAAUUCGUCUCUUGAGGAGAAAGAAGCCGCAGUGUUUCAGCAAACGAGGUUCAAGGACCAAGCUUCGUCAAACGGUCCUCCUGAUCUCCUGCAGAGCCUUGUGCCACUAGAUAAGAUAGAGAAGGAAGAAAAAGAAUACAAAAAGGAAAAGAAAGAGGGAACAGUAAAUGUUCAAAAUGCAUCUUCAUGUACGGAUGAGGCCCCGGAGGGCCAAGGCUCUCUGUCUGAGGGACCAUUUAGAGCUGCGGGUGUUGACUACAAACAAAGAUCAAAUGCAAGAGAUCCAAAACGGCAAGAUGAUUCUUCUCCAAACACCUUACAUGAUGACAAUAUUUCAUCAUUACAUUUUAAACACAGGAGAUUCAUGAUCUAUCUGUGUGGUGGAUAUAAAGAUACCGUCCCAGAGCGCAGUGCACUGAUGGAGAGUGUGUAUCCGCGGCUGUAUCUACACUGUAAGCAGAGAGGAUAUGAUUUCAGGAUGAUAGACCUGCGUUCAGGAGUCGGAGAUCCUGUUUCGGACAAUCAUGAUUUGGCAGAGAUGCACACGGAGACACUUAGACGUUGUCAGGAGACUGAGGGGCCAACUUUUAUUGUAGUGUUGGACUGGGAAGUGGAACAGGGUCUUGGAGGAAAGCAGCCUCCGGAGGAGUACAGUCACUGCUAUAAGAGGAUCAUCACUGACCUUCUGUACAAUCUGAAAAAUGAAUACGCACCACAGUUUAUAGACCUGCACAAAGGAAGAUCUGAAAUCAAUCAAACCUUGCAUCAAGCUCACCAGCGCUUCAUACGCAACAUUCACCUCAAGCUGAGACACACUAAUAUCCACGAGACAAACGUCAGCUGGGGAAGGAAGGGUCUGAGUGCCAAACACAACAGAUCUCAUCAGUUUUAUGUGGAACGGCUCUGCUCACACUUCCAGCGCACUGUCACUGCAUCCCUCAACAAACUUAUGCAGGUCCGUCAGGCUAAAGGCUCCUUCGACAUGCAGAGGAAGGAGGUUUCCAGACUCCGAGUUGAAGAAGAGAUUCGCCGUCAUGUCAGAUUUGGGAAAACACUAGCACAGGGCUAUGCAUUCAGGCAGGACUUUCUGAUGGAAAUGAAGCGUGCACUUGAAGCAUCGGCGUCUUCCCAGAAUGCUGUGCUGUUACUGGGGGAGCCGGGGUCUGGAAAGAGCACGACACUUGCCAAACUGGCACAACUCAUACCUAGCUGGAUACCUGGGGAUGCCAAAGUGCUGAUCUGCUUUGUAGGUCUGACAUCCGCCAGCAGAAACGCACGUCUGCUCCUCCAGACCCUGUGUCUGCAGUUAGCCAACAUCUAUAACCUCAAAACAGAGAUAUCUGAGUCACUGUCAGAGUUGUCUAGCGAGCUGUGCUCAUUAUUGGGCCUGGUGACAGAAGACCGGCCCUUGACCCUGGUGCUGGAUGGUCUGGAUAAUCUGAGUGAGGAACAUGAGGCUGACCUUUCCUGGCUUAGUAAUGCUUUACUGCCAAACGUCGUCACUGUCCUGUCUGCCGGCACGCAGUCUAAAUGUGCUCAUAUUCUACAGUCCCAAGUUAAGGUCACUGUCCUGUCCCUACCGGCCCUUAACCGUAAGGAUAUCACUUCAGGACUGGUGUCAAGACUAGCAUCAGAUUUUCGCCAGCUGACUGAAAACCAGUGGAGCCUUUUAUUCCAGUCCUGUCUUUCCUGUCCAUCCCCUCUCUACCUCAAUUUAGCCUAUGCUGAGACCAGGAAAUGGAGCUCCUUUACACCAAAAGAGAGUCUCAACCUCCCUACGGAUCCGAAUAAACUUUUCGUGAGCGUCCUUGUUAGUUUGGAGCGAGAGCAUGGGCCAUGUUUGGUGCGACGCACUGCUUUACUCAUAUCACUGUCCUGUUCUGGUGUGACCGAGGAGGAGCUUUUGGUGCUUUUGGGGCGUGAUGAUCAUAUCACACGUGAGAUGGCGGUUUUGCAUCAUCAGACGAUUCCCGUUUCUGAAUACUCUCCAGUGCCUUAUGCAUUUGUGGCACGACUGCUGCAUGGUCUGAAGGGUUAUGUCACAGAAGUGGAAAGUGACGGCACGUGGGUUCUGCGCUGGACUCAUGCAGAGUUCGCCUGCGUCGUCCUGCAGCGAUACGCACCAACAGCAGACUCAAUAAAAGCUGUACAUGCAGACUUUGCAGAUUACUUUAAUGGGAAUGUCCCAAAUAGCCAAGUUUUUCAGCCACUAGCCUGGAUCAGGAAGGAGAAGGGAAGGAGGUGCUAUGAAUUUAAUUUGCGCAAGCUCCACUGUUUGCCGUAUCAUUACAUCCACUCCGAGCAGAUUAUUCCUUUACUCACGCAGUGUCUGUUUAACUAUGAGUUCCUGCUGCAUAAACUGUGGGGUCUGUCUAUCUAUCAUGUCGAGGAGGACCUUAAAACUGCCGUCAUACCAGAGAAAGAGCUUCUGGAUGUGAAGGUGUUGGGUCAGGUUUUGUGUCUUUCUCAUUCUGUACUAUUAAAUGAUCCAUGCCAGCUGGCCUCUCAACUCUUGGGCCGUUUGGAGCGGAUCAUUUUCCAAGACAAGCCUGUUACUUCAGGUGACCCAAGACGAUACUCUUUUCUGCAUGAUCUGUUGGCACAGUGCAAGAGAUCUUCUCUACCGGUUCUCGUGCCCUCCUACACCUGCCUGCUUCCUCCAGGUGGACUCGUACACACACUCCUAUCAGGUCAUAUGAGUGCUGUGACAGCUCUGGCUCAUGGUCGGCAUUACAUCAUUUCCUGCUCCUGUGAUGGAAUGCUAAAUCUGUGGCGUCUGGAUGAGCAAACGAGACCUGUGAGGUCCUUACCGAGAACUCAUGGAUCUGCAGUAGACUGGGCCGCUGACUCGCUCACCCUCUGUCUGGAUGACAGUGUGCUUGUGCUACAGAUGGGCCACUGCCUCCAGGUGAGAGAGGUGGAUUCUGGGAAGGUGCUGUACAUGGAGAAAGAUUCUCUGGAUGUUCCUGUGGUCACAACUGCCUGCGAUGGACGGUUGCUGGUGGUUUUUUAUGACGGAAGUCAUCUGGUUAAGGUGUUUGAUCUUGUGGCGUCCUGUUCACCGUUGCGUUGUGUAAACCUCACCCUUGAGUUUGAGCCCAUCCACAAAGAUCAGUCCAUCUUAGUGUCUCAUCACUCUGUUAAAGACUAUGUUCUCUUCGCCUACAGGGAUGGAGGAGAAGCAGCAAUAUUCAAUGCUAAAGGUGGAGUUGUGUCAGUCACAUUGAAAGCUCAGCACCCUGCAGCAUCUAUACAGGCUGUAGAGAUCAGCUCUCAGUAUUUACUGCUCUUCUGCAGAUACCCCUAUAAAAGACAGAGUGAAAUCAUUCACAUUGAACUCUUCAGCACAGCAUCUUUCCAGUACCUGCGCUCUAUCUUGGGUUGCAGUCAGGACUACAUUUCCCAGGUCACCAUUGCAGGUGGCGGAUCCCACAUUGUGGCCUUUUGCCCCACCCCUCACAGCGCCACCACAGAGAUUAUUAUCUGGAACCUUGAGACUGAAGAUCAUAAACACAUCGCACGGUUUCCUGGCCUGCUGGCUCAUGGUGUGUGUUCGGAUCUGUGGUACUGCGUGGGUUUCUGUCCCGGGGAGCGAUUCUUACGCAUGUGGAACCUAGGAUCCAGAAUAAAUGACCAAACACUCACAUAUAACGUGCACAAAGUACACAGCGAUGGCACAGCUGAGAUUGUAACCAUGCAGCGAUAUCCAAGGUAUGUAGUGUGUCAAAGCACCCGUCCCGGGACUGUGAGAAUCUGGAAUGUGGCGCGGAUGCGAUUCAAGGGUCGUCCUGUGCAGGUGGAGCAUGGCCUGUUCUCCAGUUCAGACAUCGCUCUUGUACGAGACCUGAAACUCUAUAUACUGUCUGACCGCAGAACCGCCAACUUCUCCGAUACACCUACAUCUGUCUACCAGACACUGCUGGUGUAUGACCUUCUUAAAAAGAGCUACAUUAAGAAACAGACUGGACUGUUCAUCGUGCCCUGUCCUCGACAAGACUAUCAGCUCUUAGAUGGUGAAAUACUGCUGGGCCUUUCAGAAACACGGGAUCAUCUGAUAUUGUGGGAUCUGGACUCUGGCUACAUUAAAGGACGUAUCAAGACGUCCUACAAAGAAACCCUACUCUCCAGCAUGGACAGAGAUUCCCAAAUUAUGUCCUCAAAAGAAAAGACAGGUCUAGUAAUGCCAUGGGACAGGCGCACCGAAACCCAGACGGCAAAAAGGAGGCGACGGGACCGUGAGGUGAAGAGAGAAAAAGAUGAACAGCAGCGCCUCGAAAAAGAGAAAUUCAACUCUGUAGACCAGUAUCUUCUCAGCGGUGAUGAGCGGGUGGUCAUAUGCUCAUAUUUUGCCCAUCAUCUCAACGUCUUCAGUGUGGUUUCUGAGGAGCAUCUGCACACCCUGGAGGACCGCUGGUCCCAUUUGAGCCUCCGUACUGCCGCGAUCACUCACACUGGAGGGUACUUGGUGGUCUCCAACUACAGUGAGGCCCAGCAUGCUCCAUACCUCACCGUUUGGGACACGCAGCAGGGCAGAGUGCGAAAGAGAUUGAAAAAUGAACCUGGAAUCUGUUGCAUUGCAAUAAGCAACGAUGCCUGCAGAGUGGUUUUCGGCAUUGCAGGAUUCAACAAGUUAAAAGUAUGGGAGCCGUUCCGAAGGAAACAUAAAACCAUCUCUGGCUACGGAAGUUUAAAUCUUAACUGGUCCAGCUUGCUCUUUAUCACUGAAGGACAAUCCAAGGCUAUUUUAUUAUCAGAAGCAGUGAGCAUGUGGGACCUGGACAAUGGUACGAUGUUGUCUGUCUUCACACCUGACUCUAAGAUCCAGACCAUCUCUCUGCAUGGACCUGACAACAGCACACUGCUUUUGGGCUUUAGUGACAUGUCUACUCUAAUCUCCAUGACGGUCAGCAAGCAAGAUGCACACACAAAAUCCAGCACUGCUAGUGGAAAAGACCUGUUUGGGGAAUCCAGCAGUAGUGAAGAUGAAGAAACAAACAAGAACUGAUAGGAAGAGCACUGGAUGUGUACUGUAUAAUAUAGGAAUUCGGUCAGAAUGGAAAUAAAGGGCUUUAAGGUCGCUUACAUUCACUUUGUCUUGAAGGAUUCAAGAGAUAAUUUGUACACUGGAAAUGCGAAAGCAUGUGACUUCUAUCUUCAAGUCUAAGAUGAGAAAUGCAACGCAUUACGAUCAGCAUUUCUAGUGCUUGUUUUUCCACAUACUAUGAAAUUACCAGAACUUCCCCGCCUUACCCUGGGAGUCAUGCGAUCCAGAGUUUAUGAUAAAACAAAUCUCAGCAAGCAUGUGUUGUCAUGUUACAUGAUUUCAAUGUAUUUUCCUAGACUUCAGAUAUAUGUAGGCCUAUAUUUAGAGUAAAAGAUCUAAUCGCAUGUGUGAGAACUUUGACAGUCGGGUGUAUUGAGACAUGCUUAAACAGAUUAUCCUUCUGUAACUGUCAUGCACGGUGACGGGUGUCAAAUUUUCACUUCCUGCAUUUGUCACAUGAUAGAUGAGCAAAAUAACAACAACUUCCUGCUUAGUUUAAUUUGUAAAGAGUUUUUAGCAACUGCACGUGCAUUACCAAGGCAAAUAAAAAUUAA